UGCGCGGAGCGGUGCGCGGCGCUGCGCGGGCAGUGCGCGGCGGCGGAGGCGGCGGGGAUGGGCGGCGCGGCGCUGGCGCUGCUGCUGCUGCUGCUGGUGGCGGCGGGGGGGCCGUGCGCGGCGCAGUACGAGGAGUACAGCGUGCGCGGGUUCCCCGCGGACGCGCUGGAGCCGCUGCAGCGAGCCUACGCGCGGGCGCUGGAGCAGUACGCGGGCGCGCAGUGGGCUGAGAGCGCCCGGGAGCUGGAGGCGAGCCUGCGCCUGCACCGGCUGCUGCGCGACAGCGAAGCUCAUUGCCACCGGCGCUGCGCGGAGCCGGGCCCCGCCGAGGAGCCCCCCGCCGAUGGGGACCCCGCGGGCCGGGAGUGGGAGCGGGAGAUGCAGCUCUUCGGGCAGCUGCUGCGCCGCGCAGGCUGCCUGCGCGCCUGCAAGCGCGACCUGCCCGUGUUCCAGCUGCGCUACCCGCCCGCGCAGACGCUGCGCGACUUCCAGCGCCGCCUGCCCUACCAGUACCUGCACUACGCGCUCUUCAAGUCAAAUAAGCUCGAGAAGGCCGUGUCCGCUGCCCACACCUUCCUGCAGAAGAACCCCAAGCACGAGAUGACCUUGAGGUACCUGAACUAUUACAGGACGAUGCUGGAUGUGGAUGAAUACCUGGUGGACCUGGAGGCUCAGCCCUACGAGCCGACAUUCGUGCGGUCGGUGAAGCUCUACAACAACGGCGACUUCCGGAGCAGCGCGGCCGACAUGGAGCAGGCGCUGGCUCAGUACUACCGGGCGUACGAGGACUGCCUGGCCGGCUGCGAGGGAGCCUACGAGCUGCAGGACUUCAAGGACUUCUACCCUGCUAUUGCAGACCACUUUGUGAGCGUGCUGCAGUGCAAGGUGGACUGCGAGACCGAGCUCACCCCCAAUGUGGGGGGCUACUUCGUGGAGAAGUUUGUGGCCACCAUGUACCACUACCUGCAGUUCGCCUACUACAAGUUGAACGACGUGCAGGAUGCGGUGCGCAGCGUCGCCAGCUACAUGCUCUUCGACCCGGGGGACACCGUGAUGCAGCAGAACCUGGUCUAUUACCGCUUCCACCGCGAGCGCUGGCGCCUGCGUGAGGAGGACUUCGAGCCACGGCCGGAAGCCGUGCACUACCACAACCAGACGGCCACGCAGAAGAUGAUGCUGGACUUCGCCAGGCAGUACCUGCAGGCUGAUGAUGAGAUGGAGGUGGAUGGGGAUGAGGGGCUGGAGGUGCGGGACCUGCCCUCUGAUGGUGAGUUCGAGGGUGAAGGUGACUACGAGGAGGGCUUCUUCGCCGAGUGGUGGCAGGAGCCCAGGACCAAAGGGGACAAAGCUGACCAAGAGACCCUGUCGUGAGCCAGGCGAAGGGGCACGGCCCUGGCAGAGCUGGGUGGUGCUGGUGGCCCUGGG